UAAACUCCCACGCAGCAUAAGAGCUUAAGACGACCGGAUAAGCAUUACGAUGGGAUCGAUAUAACCGUCGAUAUUUUACCAACUAUUAACGUAAUUAAAAGACCGAAAAUACAUGGCCAUGAGUGUACUGGAGAAAGGCGCCAGAUUGUAUAUAUACAGCGAGGCUGCUGGCUGGACCCCUCACAAUACAAUCAUGACGUUCAGGGUGAGACCAGACAAGCUGUAUCACAGUUAUAUAUUGAAAACUAAAUGGAAUACGUCAAGCUCCUUGCGACACAUUUUCAAGCGUUUUCCGAUAGUGUUUAGUGCAUUUCGUAUCGUAUUUUCCAGGUCGUCGUUAUUAUGUUCGUGGUCGUGGUGGUUCAUGGUGAAGGACCUCCUGUAUACCGCCGUCCUUCCUAUCCAAGUCCUCGCUAUCAGGACGACUAUGAUGACGCUCCCUCGAGAUACAUCUUCAACUACAAGGUCGCCGACGACUACUCCGGCGCCAACUUUGGUCAGAAUGAGGCCCGCGAUGGCCACAAGACUGAGGGCAGUUACACGGUGGACCUUCCGGACGGUCGUAGGCAGACUGUCACCUACUUGGAUGUCGGUGAUGGUCUGGAAGCUGUGGUGAAUUAUGAGGGUGAGGCCCAGUACCCCGAGUACAAGCCAGAGUACAAGGCUUUUCCCACAUAUAAGCCCCUUCCUAAGUAUAAGCCAGUGCCUGCAUAUAAGCCGACGCCCGAAUAUAAGCCGGCAUCCCCGUAUAAAUCUGAACCCUUAUAUAAGCCAGCAACGAUAUACCAGCCCUACAAACCACCUCUUGUUACGGAGCCAUCUUUCGCCUACAAACCAUCUCUCAGUUAUGAACCAUCUAUUUACGAACCAUCUAUUUACAAACCAUAUAUAUAUGAGCAAUCUCCAACUUACGAAGAAUCUUCCAUUUACGAACCGUCUCCCACUUACGAACCAGCUCUCACCUACGAACAGGCUCCGACCUAUGAAGCAGCUUCCACCCGAAAGCUAGCUCCUGCCUACAAACGCAUCUCUAAGAACAAACAGUAAUCUGGUAAGCUUAGCUACCAGUGAGAAGACUCUUCUCUCUCAUUCCUUGAAGUACACAACUUGUCUCAGGAUUCCUUUACCAAAUACAUAGAUAUACAGAUAGAUUCACCCCCCCCCCCUUUCCUCAAGUUGUUGAGUGGCCUUAAAUAUUAUAUAACAAAUGAUGAAUUUGUCAAAAGUCAAGUAGCUGUGAUGAGCCAAGUUAUUUCUGCAAUUCUCCAGUUGAAAUGUUUUAAGCUCAUUACUGUCACCAUUAAUGAAUUUGAUGAGCCAUGAUAGUAUAAUGCCAUGCUGAAAAUUCUUAUUUACUGAUGAGGCUCAUAGUGUGGAUUCUUCUUCUUCUUUAAAUAGUAUUGUGAAUUACAACAUCUAAUGACUUUCUUUCAAAUUAACCAAAGAUUAAUUGUGAAGUGCCAUGUUCAAAAUACCUGUUUAUGCUGCUUACAGAUGUCAACAUCGACAAGUUAAACACAUGAAUAUAUUAUAUUUCAAGGUAGAUCAUCUUGGUUAUUUUUUUCACUUCAAAUAUCAUUCAGUCAUCAUUAGGAAUAAAAUGUACAACUAAUAUAUUUUAUUCAUGUUUGCAUGGUUUUGUUUAUUUGAUGUUAAGGUGUUAUGUCAAUGUUAAUUGACAGAAUUUGUUAUUAGCGUGACUAUUAGAUCAAGUCGACCCUUUUUCAGACUGGUUAAUACUAUUUAUAAUGUUCUUCUAGUCAUUCUGGUCGUGUUAGAGUAUAUUAGAUUUGGGGGAUUAGACAGAAGUUAGGCUUUAAUAUGCCCUGCUUUCUACAAUAGCACAAUUGACUUAUAUUUAGUUAGGAGCAAGUUAAAAAGGAAUAAAACUAUAAUCUAAAACUAACACAUCACACUUUUCACAUUGAGCUCAUUUUAAGCACUUUUAAACAUUUUUUAAUUAAGAGAUUUAUACACUGAAAGGUGAACUCCAUGUCUUGGUGUACAUACAUUUGAGAAUUUACUUUAGAUCUGGACUGUGUUGAAACUAACAUAUACUUGCUGGUUGCUCAGUAAGGUAUUGUGUUCUACUUAAUAAACUUCCACAUGUUGAUAUACUUUUACAACACCGAAAUCCCCAAACACACUCAGACCCUC